AUGGCCGCAUCCUCCACCUCUGUCUGCUCCAGCAACCUGAGCUACGGCAGCCGGGUCUGCCUGCCCGGUUCCUGUGAUUCUUGCUCUGACUCCUCCUGGCAGGUGGACGACUGCCCAGAGAGCUGCUGCGAGCCCCCCUGCUGUGCCCCCAGCGGCUGCACCUCAGCCCCCUGCCUGACCUUCAUCUACACCCCAGUGAGCUGUGUGCCCAGCUCCUGCCAGUCAGUCUGCACCAGCUCCUGCACGCCCUCAUGCUGCCAGCAGUCUAGCUGUGAGCCAGCUUGCUGUACCUCCUCCCCCUGCCAGCAGGACUGCUGCGUGCCUGUGUGCUGUAAAACCGUCUGCUGCGUGCCCAUCUGCUACAAGCCUGUCUGCUGCGUGCCCAUCUGCUCUGCAACUUCCUCUUCGUGCUGCCAGCAGUCUAGCUGUGAUCCCUCCUGCUGCACCUCCUCUCCGUGCCAGCAGGCCUCCUCCGUGACUGUCUGCUAUAAGCCUGUCUGCUGUGUGCCUGUCUGCUCAGAUACUCCUACCUCAUGCUGCCAGCAGUCCAGCUGCAAGCCCUCCUGCUGCACCUCCUCCCCCUGCCAGCAGGACUGCUCCGUGCCCAUCUGCUGCAAGCCCGUGUGCCGCGCUCCAGUCUGCUCUGUGCCCGUCUGCUCUGAGGCUUCCUCUUCGUGCUGCCAGCAGUCUAGCUCUGAGUCCUCCUGCUGCACCUCCUCCCCCUGCCAGCAGGACUGCUCCGUGCCUAUCUGCUGCAAGCCCAUCUGCUCUGAGGCUUCCUCUUCGUGCGGCCAGCAGUCUAGCUGCGAGUCCUCCUGCUGCACCUCUUCCUCCUGCCAGCAGGCCUGCUCUGUGCCUGUCUGCUGCAAGCCCGUCUGCUGCGUGCCUGUCUGCUCUGGGGCUGCCCCAUGCCCAGCCCCCUCGUGCUGCCAGUCCAACCCCCGCCCCUCCUCCUGUGUGUCCCUCCUCUGCCGCCCCGUGUGCAGGACUGCCUGCUGCGUGCCCUUCCCCUCCCGCUGUGCCCUCGCCUCGUCCUGCCGGCCCAGCUGCUGCCGCCCGGCCUCCUGCGUGUCCCUGCUCUACCGCCCCACGUGCUCCCGCCCAGCCUGCUGCAGCCUCUCCCUAGGCCAGAAGUCUUGCUGCUGA